CCCGCCGGGCGCAUCCCAGCGGAGUCUGCCGGAACUCGGGGCGGCGGCGUUCGCCGCCGGCCAUGGCCGUGCCCGCCGCGCUGCUCAGCCCCCAUCACCUCCUCUCCUUCUGCUUCCCCGCCGCCAGCGGGCUCCUGGGCUAUGCCGACCUGGAGAAGGGCUACGAGGGCGGCGGCGGCGACGCGGGGGACUUUAGAGAAGCCACCCGGGACCUGCUGAGCUUCAUCGACUCGGCUUCCAGCAACAUCAAGCUGGCGCUGGACCGGCCGGUGAAGUCCCGGCGGAAGGUGAACCAUAGGAAGUACCUGCAGAAGCAGAUCAAGCGCUGCACCGGCAUCAUCGCCGCCGCCGCCCCGCCGCCCGCCGCCUGCCCGCCCGCCGCCUGCCCCGCCCGGCCCCCGCCGCGCCGGGAGCCCGCGCAGGCGGCGGGCAGCAGCCUCCAGAGCAAGAGCCUGGCCGCGCUCUUCGGCUCCCUGCAGCGGGGCCGGGGCGCGGCGGGCGGCGCCGAGGCGAGGGCGGGCGGCGGCGGCGCGGGCGGCGGGGAGAAGGCGGCGGGCGGCCCGCGGAAGGUGCCGCUGCGGGACCGCAACCUGCCGCCCUCCUUCUUCACGGAGCCGGCGCUGCCCGGGCCCGCCGCCCGCGGGCCGCCCGCCAAGGAGCCGGAGAAGGGCGGCGGGGGCGCGGAGGCCGCCGAGUUCUUCGAGCUGCUGUGCCCCGAGUACGGCGCGCUGCUGCCCGAGCACACCGCCCCGACCGACGCCUUCGGCGGCCGCCUGCCCGCCGAGCUGGGGCUGGAGCACGGGCUGUACGAGCUGCCGCUGCCCGCCGGGCCGCACCCGCUGCUGGGCGGGCUGCUGUACCCCGAGCCGCCCUGGAGCCCGGCCGCGCCCUGCAGCCCGCCCAGGAAGGCUCCGGCCGAGCCGCUGCGCCCGCUCUACCCCGGCGGCGCGGAGCCCGUGCCCGGCGGCAGCGAGGAGCCCGGCGGGCACCUGCCCGCGGGCUUCGCCCCCUUCUUCCCCGAGUGCCCGCUGCCGCAGCCGCCCUACGAGUACGGCGGCGGGUUCCCCCGCGGGGGCUACCCCGGGCUGUAGGGCGGCCGGGGCUCGGGGCCGCCAGCACGGCAGGCGGGGAGCGCAGCCGAG